AUGCCAAAGUAUACUGAGUCUGUUCCAGCUCAGAUUGGCAUAACCACAGCCAACUCUAUCCUCGCUGUUUUGAACGUGGUUGGCAAUUCCCUGGUUUGUCUUGUCGUGAUUCGCCAUCAAGACAUGAGGUAUAUGUCAGAUAACAUUUAAUAUUUGUAUUCCUCGCAGACUAGUUGGCAGUAAAAACCAAUUAACGAGAGACAGUUUAGCCAUGAUUUAUAAUAGUCAGGAUAAAAAAAAAGUUCAGCAGGAACCCUAUAGCACUCUUUGAGUUUACAUUCAAAUAUUACUAAUUUACAAUAACAGAAGAAAAUAUUGUGGAGGAAAAGCAUUCACAAAGUAAAGCUAAUUAGCAAUAUCGUUACCAAGUUGAAAGGAACCGAAAGUAAUUAUCUGCCAAGGUCGUUUUUCUUUCAAUUUCUGAGCUCGUGCAUUAUUUAACACGCCAAAUUCGAAGAAAAAUUGUCCCAGAUUAAAAUACUCGUCGCGUGCAAAUUAGCUAUGUGAAAUUGAGAAUUAGAAUACACUGAAUGUGAAGUGAAGUCCUUUUCAAGUUGAUAUAAACCAUAAUUAAUCUGAUCGGCGAAAUUCAAUCGGAAGAAGUGAAUAUAAUUGAACUGAUAGAUCGUAGAAAACGUUUAAAUUCAAUAUGGUAAUGCCUCUUGUUUUUAUUCAAUUGGUCUGCUGGCGGACGUAAGCUGUCAUGCAGUUCCCGGCAGCUCAGUGAUUCCUUACUUAAAUCUUUACUUUUGAGGGAUUUUUUUAUUAGGGAGCUCAAGCAAAGACGACGUCGAAGACUGAGACGACGUCAUUUGCAAAUGUCUCUUUGAGGGGAUUGGAGGAGAUAAGAGGAGACAACCGCAAAACAGGUCACUUCACGUUGUUGAUGGAACGAGAACGGCUCUGAAAUAUACAGAAAUGAAAAAUGCACUUGCAAAGCAUACAAAAUUACUGCUUUUCACUAUUAAAUAUGCAAAUGUAUGAAGUUCUUGUCGUCGUCCUGGUUACUUAAUAGGGAGCUUUAGCAUCGACGACGGCAAAUUGCAGCGAUAACGCCACAAAUUAAAAUUUGAUUGAUCGAGGAAGGAAAAAUAAGCGUGCUGCACGUGCAACACGCACUUAUAAACAAGUCCGUGCCGUCAUCUGCCAAACAACAAUGUGAAAUUACCACAUUUACCGUUCUGAUCACAACUUGAGCAUACAACUGUAAAUCUCUAAUUCUCUGUAUUUAAUUCAACGGCGCGCACACCAGUCCAGUUGUGGCUGGCUUUGCCAACACAAGAUAUGACAAUCGCAAAUAGUCACAAUUGCGCAAGUGUUUAUUUUCAAGUGCCGUUUUCCUAGCCGUCGCCGACGUCAUUGCUAAAGCUCCCUAAUUAAGCUCCUUGUUAAUAAGUUGCGUACGAGAUAUCGCACAGCCCUCACUCUUCGACACCGGGUGUUUACUCAACUCUCUUCUUAAGAGUUUCAAUUUCAUGAGUUGCCAUCCUGAAUGGCUGUUAAUUUUACACUCAGGGUCAAACCAGCAGCUUGCAUAAAUUGAAAUAAUUCUAUGCGUGUUUCCUCUUACUGAUGAUAAAAAUUAGCCAAUUAGCACUGUAGAAUAUCUGAUAGACCUAAUUAACGUAUAAUUUGCGGUAUCCUCUUUUUUUGUCAAAGGACUUCAAUCAAUUAUCUUCUCAUGAACCUGGCUGUUGCCGACAUGCUUGUGGGGUUAUUUUUCACCCCUCAAUAUAUUUUUAUGCACAUGUUUACCCAUCCUGGCGGUCUUGCUGGCAACGUCCUUUGUAGGUUACUGACGGGUAGCAAUGUGGCCUGGGUCGGAGGUGCCGCAUCCGUGUUCACGCUAGUUGUCAUAGCAAUUGAACGCUACAGCGCCGUCAUGGAUCCAUUUGGGAACAAAGGAAGACUUACAAAACGCAGACUGAAGGUAACAAAAUGA